AUGGCGCAACAACCCCAGGGCUUGUCCCGAACCUUGCCCAAGAGCUUUACCUUUCCGUCCGCCUACCACAACAUUCCCAGAACCCCGGAACACGCCCAUGUCGAACCAGAGAUCCCUCCGCCGCCUCGCCACUCGAGCUACCGCGUCAGGCGCCCACGCUUUGGCAGCGAGGCCAAUAUUUUCUCGACCAUGAACAGCGCUCCGAGCAUUUUCGACUUCACCCGACCCGAUGUUCCGCUUCCCUCGAUCGAAUUCCCCCAGUCAGACACCGUGUCCGAGCCCGACUUCCCUCCCUCGGACCCUGUGACAUCUGAUCUUUUGCAGGUUCCCGCUCUUGCGCGCACCGAAUUCAAAACCCCCCCGGCUCAGAUCCGCACGACUCCAUACAACUUCCCUCAGCCGACCCCCGAAAGGGCAGACAGCUUCCAAGAUGACCCGAUUGAAAGGCCCAGUUCGCGAGCCUCUGACUCUUCUAUCUCUUCAAUCGAUACCUAUGUCACUCAACCGUCCCUUGGCGGCAGCUGCACAAGCCCGGAGAGCGAAAUCUACGAUCCCUUUGGUUUCCAGCCAGACGAGACAAGGAAAUAUCUCCUCGAAACCCCAUCCAGCCGCACGACCAAGCGGGGCCAGUCGCUAGACACCCCAAAGAAAAACAACAAGUCGAGAUGGACAACGGAGAUGGACAAUCAUCUAUGGAACGUCUACCAGAUCUAUUUACAAGAUCCGACAAUCACUCCGUUCAAGAUGCUUCCUGGAAGCCUCCCGCCUUUGGGUGUGUCUCACCGAGUUGCUCGGGAGGCCAAGAAGACUUGGCCACGUCUUAAAUCACGCAAGGAACCGACCCUAGAAGCUAGCGAGCCAGCUGGCUCGAGCCUCAAGAAAGACGCCCUUGCUACCGAGUCGCGAAGCGGCAGUAGUACUCCGACUGGGUCCAAGUUGGCAGGUGCUCAACUCCGCUGGCCACGAUCUGAAGCAACCACAAGAAGACGACUGAAGAUCCUGUGUAGGCGCAAGUUCUCAAUUGCGCCACACUAUCAGCGCUUGUUGGCCUCACGGAGUCCGUCUCCUUUCCUGGAUCCCUUCACGACGUCUACCCAAGAACAGGCUCCACAACUGGGUCCCCCUUCCAACGAAUCCGCCGCUUUUACGACCCGCGACCUCGGUGUAUCUCUUAUUUCGAGUUCUCUGCCAUCAACCUUUACUCAACCACCAUUCAUCAGCCCAACUUCUGUGGAACCCACCCGAACCGAGAACUGGUUCAACAGCCCAGAGAGCCAGCCCUUCCAGCAACAGCAGCAGCCUAGUAUCGAGAUUUCAGCUGCUCCUACUAAUCCUGCCCAUUCUGCUAUGGCCGAGCCAUUACCUCGCUUGGGAUCUCCGUUCAUGUAUAACACCUGGGGCCCCGAUACAUCUAAUCGCGAACUUCGCACUCCGGCCCGCAAAGUCCGACGAGAUACAGUCCACGUGGCCGGGUCGCGAUUGAGAUCACCUCCUCGAAUGGAUCUGGGUUCCAAUGUUCACAAGCGCCGAGUAUAUCACCGCAUCGAAUCGAGUCCCAACUCAGCCGAUGUCCAGCGCAGUAUCCGCGACCUGGCCCGUGAUGGUAAAUUAAAAGAUGGUCAGCGUCGAGUACGACUGCGCAACCGUGGUAAUACGACAAGUGGUGGUUUCAGCUCAAAGGAGCGCAUCGAGCAACUCUUUUCCCCAACAUCACCUUUCACUUUCCCGGCUAGCUCAGAGAAUGAACCACCUCAGACUGCCAGUGGUAUCUCAGAGGGGCUCCUUCGUCCUCGUAGUGAGACAAUCCGACGUCUUGGGUCUCCGUUUAGUCUCGAAAACAAACCACGUUUUCCACACGGGACUCCUCGCCAUGCCCCAUCACUUUCGGACUCAUUUACUCCCCCCAACUCCGCCAAUACACAAGGUUAUUAUUACAGCGAAGCCUCGCCUGCCAAAGACCAAACCCCUUCCGGAAAACUGCCUUACGACCCCACCGAGGAGGGAAUUUCAGACGCUGAGCGAAUUCGCCGACAAAUCUUGAACUUGCCUUUUACGAAGAAUUAG